AUGGACUGGAUCGCUGAUCAUAUGUAUCUCGUCGAGAAGGAUAGGAAUCCCGUCUUGCGUCGAUCGAGCAAAGCAGCCGAGAACGCGUACGCGUCGGCUCUGCGCGUGCGCAUCGGCUCCGGGCGUCCCUCAGCCGCCCAUCACGCUCGCGCCGGGCUCACACUUGUCGUCACCUGCGGAACGCGGGAGGGCCGGCCUUCCUUGUCUCCGGCACCAACGACCCGACUCCGGGUCUCGGCCGGGCGGGCAGCCACCAUGUACGAGAUGCUGUCGGUGGCAGAGACGGCGGGGGCGGAGGAGAUCAAGGCGGCGUACCGGAGGCAGGCGAGGCGGUGGCACCCGGACGAGUGCCGCUCCCCGGGGGACGAGUGCCGCUACGCGGAGCGGUUCAUGCGGGCGCGCGAGGCCUACGAGGUGCUCUCCGACCCCGCCCACCGCCGCCACUACGACCUCGCCCUCUCGGCCGACCGCUGGACCGCCGCAGCGUUCCGCGCGGACGAAGCGGGGGGCCGAGCCCGGGCGCGGCGCGGCGGGGGCUUGAGCGACUGGGAGGCCCAGCUGGAGGGGCUGAGGCGGAGGUCGGCUGUGGCUGCGGCGGCGGCGGACGUCGGUGGGGAGGAGACGUGGGCCGGUCGGGUGCGGAGGGCCCGCACCGGGCCGGUCCGUCCAUCGGAUUUGUGA